AUGACUCAAGAGACAAUCAAGCUUGCAGAAUAUCUCUUUCUUCGACUCCGACAGCUCGGCGUCGAGUCCAUGUUCGGUGUGCCUGGCGAUUAUAACCUCCGUCUGUUGGAUUUCGUCACUCCGGCUGGCUUACACUGGGUGGGCAACUGCAAUGAGCUCAACGCUGCCUACGCCGCAGAUGGAUAUGGCCGUGUCAAAGGCCUAGCUGCUCUCAUUACUACCUAUGGUGUCGGAGAACUGUCCGCGUUGAAUGGUAUUGCUGGGGCUUAUGCCGAGAACACGCCUGUCGUGCACAUCGUCGGAACACCCCCGCGCCCGCUUCAAGAUGCGCGCACGUUCAUGCACCAUACCUUCUCGGAUGGUGAUUACCGUCGGUUUGCUGCUAUGUCGACACAUAUCACUGCUGCGCAAUCCCGCAUCGUUGAUGCUACCUCGGCACCGGAGAAGAUCGACUGGAUCUUGCAGCAGGCAUUGAUCCAUAAUAAGCCUGUUUACCUUGAAGUUCCCGAUGAUAUGCCUGAUGUCCUUGUAUCUUCUGCAAACUUGAAGACAAAGAUCACGGUUCCCACUCCUCCAAGCUCGGCUCAGGAGCCUCAAGUACUGGCACAGAUUAUGGAGCGGAUUUACCAGGCUGAGCGUCCCUUCAUCUUGGUCGACGGAGAAAGUACAGGUCUCGGUAUUGUCGACCAACUCGAUGCUCUGAUCAAAGCAACUGGCUGGCCAACCUGGACAUCUGUCUACGGCAAGGGUUUAGCCGACGAGCAACUGCCCAACGUCUACGGCCUGUACGCUGGAGGAUUCGGUGACGAUGCCGCAAAGGCAUACUUCGAAGAAGCAGAUCUAGUUCUGACAUUCGGCCCGCACUACAGCGACACAAACAGCUACUUCUACACAACAAUUCCCACACCCAAGGUGGCAAUCACAUUCUCCGGAAGCAACAUCCAAAUCAAAGACCAGACCUUCCGCGACAUGUCAGCAAGCAACAUGCUUUCACAAAUCCUCUCGAAUCUCGACUCAACAAAGCUCAUCAAAGCUGCCGGUCCCCCAAAGACAAGCCUCACAAUCGACACCAACGCCCCCGACACAGAUGCCCUAGUCCAAACCAACUUCUACCCACUAGUAAACCCCCUCUUCAAAGAAGGCGAUAUCAUUCUCACAGAAACCGGCACAGCAGCCCACGGCGGCCGAAACUUCACCCUACCCAGCAAAUCCCGCCUCUUCGGCGCAGUAACCUGGCUCUCAAUCGGAUUCAUGCUCCCAGCAACCCUAGGAACAGCUCUGGCACAGCGGGAACUGAACUCAAACACACCCAGCAAGGCACAAACCAUUCUCUUCAUCGGCGAUGGAAGUCUGCAAAUGACCGCGCAGGAAAUAAGCGUUAUGAUCAAGAAGAAGCUCAACAUCGUUAUCUUCAUUAUUAAUAACGAUGGCUACACAAUCGAGCGCGUGAUCCAUGGCCGCAAGGCGGCGUACAAUGAUGUGCCGUUCUGGAGACACUCGCAUGCGUUGACUUAUUUCGGGGCUGAGGAGGAGCAUGCUGCUCAGAAUACCUUCCAGGCGCGUACGGUUGGGGAGUUGAAGAGCGUUUUGGCUGAUGAGCGCAUUUCUCAUGGGAAUGGGGUGCGGCUGGUGGAAGUGUUUAUGGAUCGGGAGGAUGUCCAGGGGGCUUUGCUUUACUUGUUGAAUAAGCAGCUUGCUCAGGAGAAGGUUGAUGAGGAGAUGGAGAAGGCACAGAAGUAG